GGUAGGUGACGCCUCAGGGCAUUUAUGUUGUCAGCUUCUCCCAAGCAUUGUCCUUCUAUACAGGCUCCUUUCACUGUGGUAUAAGUCCUCAGUCUGUCUUAGACUAUUGUCUACCUGGAGAAUGGUUUCAUACUAAAACACAUCCAUCCUGCUCUACUAGAGCGUCUUCAUCCUUCCUCUUUUCCGGUGUGCUGUCUGAGAGCUACCAACUAUGCCUGGCCUACCAAACUCCCUGGACCUCGACGAAUGCAUACAACGGCUAUACAAGAAAGAGCUCCUCGCAGAAUCAGUCAUUGAGGCAAUAUGCGCCAAAGCAAAAGAGCUGCUAAUGAAGGAGAGCAAUGUGGUACACAUCAAGGCUCCAGUCACAGUGGUGGGCGACAUACAUGGACAAUUCUUCGACAUGAUAGAGAUCUUUCGGAUUGGCGGCUUUCCCCCAGAUACCAACUACCUAUUCCUCGGUGACUACGUUGACCGUGGUCUCUUCAGCGUCGAAACAAUAUCCCUACUCGUGUGCCUCAAACUUCGAUAUCCACAGCGCGUACACCUUAUUCGUGGUAAUCAUGAAUCUCGAGGAGUGACACAGUCAUACGGAUUCUACACCGAAUGCAGUCGAAAAUAUGGCAAUGCGAACGUAUGGCAUUACUUCACAGAUAUGUUUGACUUCCUCACAUUGUCCGUGGUGAUCAAUGACCAGAUAUUCUGCGUACACGGAGGUCUGUCGCCAAGUAUACAUUCGAUCGACCAGAUCAAGAUUAUCGACCGCUUCCGAGAGAUUCCUCACGAGGGGCCCAUGGCUGAUCUAGUGUGGAGUGAUCCAGACUCCGAGCGCGAUGAAUUCAGCCUGUCGCCAAGAGGUGCCGGAUACACGUUCGGUGCUCAAGUGGUGAAAAAGUUUCUGGAGGUCAACAACAUGUCCCAUAUACUACGCGCUCACCAACUGUGUCAAGAAGGAUACCAAGUUUUGUACGAAGAUCGACUCAGUACAGUCUGGAGUGCACCAAAUUACUGCUAUCGCUGCGGUAACAUGGCCUCCGUUCUAGAAGUCAGCGACACAGGAGCACGAUUUUUUAAUGUUUUUGAAGCAGCUCCAGAAAAUGAUGUACAUCGAGCCGAGCAACAGAACCAGCAAGGCAAAGAGGUGCAGACUGAGUAUUUCCUUUGAUUCAGAUACCCUGGUACCCUAGGCGACCAUGAACGGAAGAGAUGAUCCUGGGAACCACAAAUCCUAUUCGGUGCGGCAUAUUCAGGCGUGGAGGACAUCAUCCAUGAUUCAACUGCAUUUAGAGGCGUUUGCUCGGUUGUUUACUAUAUUCUCGUAGAUAUCUUGAUGUGUGGAUGAUUCAUGUGGUUGUGGGCUGGUCUUGUAGACUUGUACUUCGUAUACGAAACAGCAUAGAGUCGACCAUGUCGAAUCAAAUGGAGAUGACAAAUAUAAUGCAAUUUGGUC